AGAAAGCCUUUAUCAAUAGCAGAAUAAUUAUUUUUACCAAUGGCUGUUAUGCCCGUGGUAUUUGUACUCGGCCGUCCAGGUUCGGGAAAAGGUACUCAGAGUGCCAAAUUAGCAGAUGAAUUUAAUUUUGUUCAUUUAUCUGCUGGGGAGCUACUCAGAAAAGAGUUGAAAGCUGAGACCGCUGUUUCGGAUAUUUUGAAAACACAUUUUUCAAAAGGAUUGAUGGCACCGUCAGAAAUCACAUGCAAUUUAUUACUUAGUGAAAUGGAAAACGAGAAGAAACUAUUUUUAAUUGACGGAUUUCCUGUAGAUAUGGACAACUUGAAAAUGUGGGAAACCUUGUCAAAAGGAAAUGUGGAUUUAAAAUCUGUUUUGUUACUUGAAUGCGCAGAAUCGGUUUCUAAACAAAGAAUUCUAGCGAGAAGCGAAACCAGCAAUCGUAGUGAUGACAAUUUAGAAUCGCUAUCUCGAAGAUUUGAGUAUUUCACAAAACAUACGAACCCUGUGAUCGACUUUUAUGCAAAAGCUGGAAAACUACAAAUUGUAGAUGCAAACAAUAGUGUAGAGACUGUAUUUAUGGAAUUGUGCAAAAUCAUUUCAGAAAUACAGUAAGACUGGGAAAUCUACAAUAUGUCGUAGAUUAGAGUUGUGACACUUUACAGACUUUUUGCCCCGUGAACUAUUCUUGUUUUUAGGCAGCGCUUUACAACCCUUUGUCCUGUGGACUUUUUUAAUCACUAGGUGGCAUAUGAUAGUUUGAGUAAUGUUUUUCAUACGCCUCGGAAAUGAUUUAUGCUGAAUCAUUUUGGAAUUGCAAUAAGUAACAUUAGAAGAUUUAAAUAGCAAAUAUAAGAUAACAAGCGAUACCAGC